UGGAAGAGAGUUUCCGGUGAGCAAGUUUGUUGGUGGUGGCGGUUUUUUUCCGUUGACUAUUCGCUCGCGCCGCGCUCGGGGUCGGUCUGAGUGCGAGCGCUGCCGGACGAUGGGCGCGUCAGAGUUAAAGCGCUGAAUAAAAGGCAAUCGACCGACCGGGGGACAGAGACCCAUAAAGUGAAGAAGCCGGAUCUUGCCUGCCUCUGCAUUCCUUCCCCCCCCCCCCCCCCCUCAAUGUAAUUUGUGGUGCUGAGUUGUGGGGUUUCGAUGGCGAAGAGAAUGGCAGUGCUUCUCGGGGCCACGGCGCUCUUAAUGCAAGCGUGCUAUACACAGGCGAUAAUUCUAUUCACCAAGGAGCCCUACUCCCAGGAUGCUUUGCAUGGGCGCAGUGCAAUACUCCGUUGUGAGGUUGAGUUUCCAACAAAUGUUGUUUUUGAGUGGUUGCUAAAUGGAAAGCCUGUGAAGACUUCUGAGAGACGCUUCAUUGAAGGCAGCAAUCUGCAAUUUACCGCAGUUGAUCGGAGAGAGGACAGUGGAGACUUUCAGUGCAUAGCACGGAAUACAGUCACUGGAGAAGAAGCUAAAACAGCAGCCGCAUCUUUCAAUAUCAAAUGGAUAGAGACUGGAGGAGUGAUUUUAAAAGAUCCACCAAAUGUGUCUGAAAUACAGACAUCUGCUCCAGUCACUCUGCGCUGUCACAUCGAUGGACACCCCCGUCCCAACUGGCAGUGGUUCAAAGAUGGUAUCCACUUAACAGAUGCAAGCCAUUACACGUUCAACAACAAAGAGCGCAGUUUGACCCUGAAAAGUGCCAGUCCUGAUGAUAACGGUGUUUAUUGCUGCUGUGCAAGGAAUGCUAUGGGAAAUGUUUGCAGCAAUGAUAAUUUCACCCUAAUGAUCAUUGAUGCCAGCUUUCCACAACCUGUAAUCCGACCUAAGGAACAGAUUGUCAACAAAAAAGAAGAUGCCGUUUUUCACUGUCAGUUUACAGCUACACCUCCCCCAAUACAGGAAUGGUUAUUUGAUGAUUCCAUUAUCCAUAAUUCCUCACGGACUACUAUAUUUGCUAACGGCUCUCUACUACUUACCAAUGUGAAAUCUCGCAGCUUUGGUGUGUAUAAAUGUAUUGGUCGGGGUCCAAGAGGGAAGCCCGUUGUGCUGGAAGCUGCACUGCGAAUGGCAGAAAUCGACAAUAUCCAGAUGUUCAGUCCAAAGAUUUUCAUUGAAAAUACUACUCAGCAUGUUAAAUGUGCACCACCCAGAGGGCUGCCCCCUCCAGUUGUGACAUGGUAUAGGGAUGGUACACAAGUUCCAACUGAAGGGCGUGUCUACCAAGCAGGAAAUGAGCUGAUCUUCAAUGACACAGCAGAAGAGGAUUCUGGAAUUUAUAUCUGCCGUGCUAGAAAUAAAGCUGGAGAGAAGACCAGGGAGCUGAGUGUCACUGUGGCAACUAUUCCAGAGUGGGUGGUUAAGCCAAAAGACAGCCAGUUAGAAGAGGGGAAACCAGGAUUUUUGCACUGUAGCACCCAGGCCACCCCAACUCCUACAGUCACCUGGUUCCGGAACAAUGUGGAUAUUUCUGGUGAUAGUCGAUUUGAGGAAUUUGACAAUGGAACUCUGCGUAUUAAUAAUGUAGAAGUGUAUGAUGGAACUGUAUACAAAUGUCAGAGCAGAACCUCAGCAGGGUACAUUGAGGAGGAUGCACGUGUCCAGGUUUUGGAGAAGCUCAAGUUCACACCACCUCCACAGUCACAGCAGUGUAUGGAAUUGAAUAAGGAUAUGACGAUCCAGUGUUCUGCAACUGGCCGUGAGAAACCAGUCAUCAAAUGGAGCAAAGGCGAUGGAAGUCAGAUAUCCCCUCAUGUUAGGCAAGAAGCCGGAUUGUUGCAUUUUACCAAAGUGACCAAAAGCGAUGCUGGACACUACACUUGUAUUGCAUCAAAUAGUCAAGGGCAAAUCAAGGCACCGGUGCGCCUUAUUGUUGCAGUUUUGCCAAAGUUUAAGAUGGAGCCUGAGAACACCACUGUAUACCAGGGAUAUAUUGCAGUGUUAAACUGUCAAGCUACUGGGGAACCACAGCCUAAUAUUCAUUGGAAAGUAAAGGAGAAGAUCCUCGAAUCCAGCAAGGGCACACAGAGGAUACAGAAAGUGGCAAAUGGGUCCUUGGUAAUCUACGAUGUCAGUGCAGAGGAUAGUGGGAAAUACACCUGCAUUGCUGGCAACAAUUGCAGCAUCCAGCACAGAGAUGCUUUCCUCUAUGUUGUUGACAAGCCAGCCAUUCUUGAUGGAAGUGAAAACCAGCACACUCCAUACAAAAUGAUCCAGACUAUUGGACUGUCUGUUGGAGCUGCAGUAGCUUACAUUAUUAUUGUGUUAGGACUCAUGUUCUUUUGCAAAAAAAGAAGAAAAGCGAAGAGGUUGCAUAAAGGUCCAGAGGGAGAAGAACCGGAAAUGGAGGUUCUGAAUGGUGGGACUUUGCAGCAGAAUGGUCAGCUAACAGCUGAGAUUCAGGAGGAGGCAUCCAUUAACAACAUGAGUAUGACUGUCAUGUCCAACAAGCGCCACAGCAUGCAUGAUAAACUACACUUCUCUCGUUCAAAUCUGAAGGCAAUCACAACCCUGGGAAAAGGAGAGUAUGGUGAGGUCUUCUUGGCCAAAGCCAAAGGGAUUGAUAAAAGUGAGGUAGAGACAGUGGUUCUGGUGAAGAGUUUGACUACGCGGGAUGAACAACUACAGCUGGAAUUCCGUCGAGAAUUUGAGAUGUUUAGCAAGAUGAACCACAACAAUGUUGUGAAACUGCUAGGACUAUGCCGUGAAAUGGAGCCACACUACAUGAUCACUGAAUAUGUCGAUCUGGGAGAUCUGAAACAGUUCCUGCGUAUUGCAAAAGGCAAAGAAGAAAAGAUUAAAUCUCAACCAUUAAAUACAAAACAGAAGGUGGGUAUUUGCACACAGGUAGCCCUGGGAAUGGAAUACCUGUCAAACCAUCGCUUUGUACAUAAGGACUUGGCUGCUCGGAAUUGCUUGAUCAGUGCCCAAAGACAGGUCAAAGUGGCAGCACUUGGGCUGCGCAAGGAUGUCUAUAACAGUGAGUAUUACCAUUUCCAUCAAGCAUGGAUUCCACUCCGUUGGAUGCCUGCUGAGGCCAUAUUUGAGGAUGAUUUCUCCACAAAAUCAGACGUAUGGUCCUUUGGCGUGCUGAUGUGGGAGGUAUUUUCCCAAGGGGAAUUGCCUUUUUUCAAACUCGGUGAUGACGAAGUAUUGACAGGCAUACAAAACAAUCAAAUCAAACUUUCUGCACCUGAGGGCUGUCCAUCUAAACUCUACAAACUGAUGCAACAUUGCUGGGCAGCAAGCCCCAAGGACCGCCCAUCUUUCAGUGAGAUUGCUAACAUACUGGGUGAAAUUCCUGCUGACAGCAAAGUCUGAUGGCAAUUAAUGACUGUUACCAAAAUCAUGCACUGUGUUCAACAAGAAGAUAUCAACGUCACAUCGAGGGCUUGUCUGCUUGCUACGUCUCCUAAUGUUUAUUGUAACUUUUUUGCUUUUAUUAUUUCAUCCAAGGAAUCAAAUAUUCUAGUGACUAUUUUCUAUCAAAAAUUCUAGUGACCUUUUGAUUAAUUUCUAAAGAGUGCAGUUCUCAAGGCCUUUUAUCCAUUACUGUUAUUGUGCAUGUUUUUAUGCCAUGGAAGAUUUUUUUCUCUCAAGUGCACAAGUUGGGAUACUUGCCUCCAUCCCAUUGGAAAGGCUUUGUUAGGUGGCAAGUGACAGUACAGAUUGCUGAGCAUGUUGAUGAAGAGCAAUAAAUUAUGGUCACUUCACCAUCCCAGCCUCCCCAUCCCCCAGCUGCUCAUGUGGAAAAUAGUACUUGCUUCUCGUGCAUCACUGCGUAGAAGGAAUUUGCUUCAUCAAACUGUUCAUGUCAAAAAGUAAAAGAUCAAGCACAAUCAAUCUCUGCAAUAUAAUCAUGUUGAAAGAGAAUAAUAUGUACAGAGAAGCUGCAGGCACUUUGAAAGGACCACAGCCUGUUGCUGGAUGGUACAUGAUCUCAGGAUGCCUCCACGCCUGGAGCUUGUACAUACUGUAGAAAAUCACAGUACUAACAUUAACAACAUUACUUGAUAUAGAAGAAGCUGGAGAAACCCGUCUAUUUAUUCAAGAGUUUCUCAAUUACUUGUCUUUCCAAAUGGUACUGUUUAUUUGCCUCCUUAAAAGAAAAGUUUAUUUUAUGUAUGUUAACCUUUAAACAUAUCUUUACAAGCAAAAACUAUAACUAAUGCCAUUGGUUAAACUUGUGUUGCGUAUAGGCAAGUCUGUAUUGAACCAAGUGCCUGGUGUAUGAAGGAAUUGUUAUCAGUUUUCAAUACUGUAAUGGAAUGCAAGAUUCUUUUUAUAAUUCUUUUAAGAAACUUUUUUUUUUAUAUAAAGCUUUUCAGUUUUUUUUAAGUGCGGGGGAAAAAUACCUUGGCUAAAAUGUUAGUUUUCUAAUUUGCGUAAAAGUUAGACAUUUAGUUCAUAUUUGACUUGUAUGGUUGGUUUUAUAUCAGUAAUUUCUACAUGCUGCUGUCAAUAAAAUUCUCACUUUUUUAGGUA